AUGACUAAUUAUCAAGUCAAUGAUGAUGAUCCUGAAGAAGUAGGAUUAAUAUCCGAAAAUGCAAAACGUAAUAAAAAGAAUACGUUCCUAGUUUUUUCGAUUAUUCUUGUUAUUUUAUUCAUUGUGACUGGAUUUGGUGCUGCUUUAAGCAGUUUCACCGGUAAUAAUGUUAAAAAUGAAAAACGUAAUGUGAUAUUAAUGAUUUCAGAUGGAUUUGGGCCAGCAUCGGAAACAUUUGCAAGAUCAUAUUAUCAAUACAUUAAUCACGUACCUUAUAAACAAGUGACACCGUUAGAUGAGAUUCUUAUUGGAACUUCAAGGACAAGAUCUUUUGAUAGUUUAGUUACUGAUUCUGCUGCUGGGGCCACUGCCUUUUCAU